CGUCUACUGCCUCUUCUCGCGGUAACGUAUGUUAGUACACUGUUAGCUUGCUGGCUAACCCCAUCGUUUCCAGGUUUCGUGUCGACCUGUAAACAGAAAACUGAAAGAGACACCGAAGGACCGUGCAUUUGAAUUCUUUUCAAAUUCUGGCUGCACAAAGGAGUGUGAAAAUGCCCCACAGCUUCCAAGCCGGAGACCUGGUUUUCGCUAAAAUGAAGGGAUACCCCCACUGGCCAGCCAGGAUUGAAGAUGUGGCUGAUGGAGCAGUUAAACCUCCGCCCAAUAAAAUCCCUAUAUUUUUCUUUGGAACACAUGAGACAGCUUUUCUUGCAGCUAAAGACCUGUUUCCCUACGAAAAGUACAGAGAACGCUAUGGGAAGCCCAAUAAAAGAAAGGGUUUCAAUGAAGGUUUAUGGGAGAUCCAGAACAACCCACAUGCCUCCUACAGUGCUCCACCUGUGCCAGCCAGCUCGUCUGACAGUGAGGGCAACAAUGACAGAGGAGGAAGCGACGAGGAGGAAGAUGAUGAGGAGGUCGCAGUUCCUCAAAAAGCGGAUUCAGGGAGCGAGGUUGACUCGGAGUCUGGGAGCGAAGACCAGGGUAGAGAAGCGGGAGGAGGAGCAGUGAAGCGCAAACAAACAGCUCCCAGGAAACCUCCACCUCCAAAAAAGGCUCGUGGGUCGUCCAGUGAACGAGAUGAAGAGAGUGGUUCUCCGUCUGAAUCAGAGCCCACACCUUCAGAAUCAGACUCUGGAAAAAACAGCGACCAAGAUUUUACACCAGAGAAGAAAUCUGGUGGAAGAGGUGGAAAGAAAGCCGCAGGAAGAGGGAAGAAAAAGAAAGCAUCUUCAGGCUCCGAUUCAGACUCAGGAUCAGGGUCAGAGAAGAAAGCCGCAGAUAGUGACUCAGAAGACGACAAACCUCGACCUGCUCUGUCUGGCUCUGAAUCUCAGUCCGGUUCAAAGUCUGAAUCAGAUUCAGAUGCACCUCCUCGGAAGGGUCCACAGGCUCGCAAAAAAGAGAAGCCUGCAGCCAAGCCUCGGCAACGGAAACCUAAACCUGCCCCUGCUAAACGAGCACCGUCGUCCUCCUCUGACAGUGACAGUGACAGUGAACCUGACCGCAUCAGUGAAUGGAAAAAACGAGAUGAGGAACGAAGGCGAGAGCUAGAGGAACGAAGGAAAAAGGAGGAAGCAGAGGAACUCCGCCGGUUACGUGAGAAGGAGAAGGAAGAAGAGGAGAAAAAGAAAAAAGACAAAGAAAGGGGUAAAAAAGGAAGUGACAGUGACAGCAGCAGUAGUUCAGACGAGGGUGUGGAUGACCAUCCGUUAAAGAAGUCCAAGAAACCUCCCCCACCUCCGAUCCCAGCACCUUCUGACUCUGAUUCUUCACCACCAGCUGAGGAAAAGAAACCUUCCAAAAAGCCAGACAGCCACAAAAAAGCAAGGAUAAAAAAAGAGAAAGAGAGAAAAGAAAGAAAGGAGAGAGAGCUGAAGGAAAAAAAAGCUAAACGGUCAGAAGAGAGGUCCAGAGCAAGAUCUAAGGCUGAAAAACCCAAACGGAAACCUGAGAGGCCACCGGAAAGGAAGGUGGAAAAGAAAAAGGAACCGUCACCACAGGAAAGGCUACAGAAACUUCACACUGACAUAAAGUUUGCACUCAAAGUGGACAACCCAGACAUUGACAAGUGUCUACAGGCCCUGGCAGAGCUUGAAGCUGUUCCAGUUACCAGUCAGAUCCUCCACAAAAAUGCUGAGGUUAUUGCCACGUUAAAGAAGAUUCGGCGGUACAAGGCCAGCAAUGCAGUCAUGGAAAAAGCAAACGAUGUCUACAACAAAUUAAAACUACAAUUUGUAGGGAAGGCAGAAGUAGCCACGAAACCACAAAUGGACAAGAAUUCAGAAGAUAAUGAAAAAGAUACACAUGACACAGACUCCAUUCCAGUGAACGGGGAAUCAGAGCAGAAAAAGGACAAUGUGGAGUUUGAGGAAAAAGACAAAUCACCAUACCAGGAGGGAAAUAAUGGCAACAGUGCUUUAAGUCCAGACAGGCGAAGUCCACGCAGUCCGGCUGAAGAACAGACACAUAGCUAUGACGAAGCAGACAACUCCAUCCACACAGAGGCGCCUGCUGUUGAAAGCUAAAAGACCCUUAAACCGCCUGUGAAGCUUAACAAAAAGAAGGUGGUCUUUUUCAUUUGGUAUCUUGCAACGCUGCCCACCGUCUCCUACAGUACUUGUCACAUCACUGAAGUUUGGGACAUUUUGUACUAUACAUAACAACACCAGGUCCUGUUACUUUGUUCUGUUAUUAUCAUAGGAAACUAAAGCUUUUUAGUGUGAUAGUCUGAGGCGUGGUGUGAAUCCCUUAUGUUUCUGAAAAUGUACAUUUCCUUUUAUAAAACACUUGGUCGGUCCUGGACACUCAGCCCAGACCCUGCUUAUCUGACAGCUCGGUUCUUUCCAACACAGGAACACUUUGUGUUGGCUAGAAAAAUGAAUGAUUACACUUUUAGCACUUGGAAGCUGAAUGUAGACGGGAAAUCAAAGAUUGUUAAAUUGAUUGAAAUUGGAGUUUUGUUUUCAAUGACAUUGCAAAAUUUGUUUAGCCCUUCAAUGUUUUUCAUUUUUAUAAAGCCUAUAGAACAUCACAAAUGUCUGUGUCUGUGUCUGGGAGAUUGGGAAAAGUACUACUUGUGAGUCUUUUAUGUUUGUAUUUUAAUGAUGAUGUUUUUUUAAUAUACCAGACUGUAAAAGUGAUAUUGACCAUCAAUCCAUGGACAGAGAUUCAACUGCUUUUCAGACUGACUGAUGUCCACCAACCUUUUAUUGAUGGGUUUUCAGACACAUGUAUCUAUACUUUGUUGAAUUCAAUAGUUUGUGUGAGUUCUUCACCCUCCCCGUCUACUCACAGUGUCUGCUUUCAGUACUCUGCAUAAUAAAAUGAAUAAAUGUACAGACCCAAAAUUGUCCUCCUUGUAGCUGUGGCCUAUUUUGAGAUUUGUUGUUGUGUAUACAACAGAUGUUUAUAGCACUCUGUAAAUUAAAGCCUUUCUAUCACUUAGUUAAGACUUGAAUAAAAACCUCAGCAUGGGA